AUGAGUGGCCGAGCACCUCCUGGGAAAUGGCCGCAUAGUCGCCUGAAACCGGUGACUGAUCCCCUAGAGUCCGUAGGAUUCGUGUCCAAAGGAGAUCGCAAGUUACUAAACCAAAAAGCCCAGAAGGACUACUAUGACAAGAUUGUCACUAGAUACAUUGGAUUUUGUGCGCGGCACUCCAAGAACUUGGAAGCAGCCUGGUUGUCUUUGCCCCGAAGUGCCUCGACCGACGCAACAAGAAACCCCCCAGCUUCCGUUUCACAGUCAACCAAACCGGCAGUAUCACCCGGUCCCUCAGCUGCCACAGAGUUGUCCACCCUCCUUCUUUCCCUUCGUAAGCUUCGAGAGGCCGUAUUGGCCACUGCCUCAAUCACCCCCAUCGCGUUUUCACAACGAGUCCAUGUGUUCUCCAUCAAAGUCUCAAUCCAAGCUCGACAUCCGCCGUCCUACUUUCCUUCCCUCCGCCACCUUCUCGACGACCUCCACACCUCUUCUAAUCCGUUACCGGAAUCGGAGUUGAAAGAUCACAUUUCAUACCUCAUCCUUGACUAUGCGUGCCGGCAAGAGGAUUUAGCGGCCGCCUUUGAGCUGCGCGCACGGGCGCGCAGGCAGUAUAAUUACCAGUCACGGGAGGUUGAUCAGACUCUGCAAGCCAUCGCGCAUGAUAAUUGGAUUUUAUUCUGGCGGGUUCGAAAAGAAGUCGAUUCAUCCAUGUGCGCAGUGAUGAAUUGGGCAGAAGAUCGGGUUCGACGGCACGCUCUUAAAGCAGUUGGUAAGGCUUACUUGGGUGUCGACGUUGCGUGGAUUGUUGAAGGCUGUACUGGGAAUCACACAUGGACAUGGGAUAAGCUGGCGGAGAGAGAGAAACUAGGGUGGGAGAAAGAAGGCGAUAGGAUUAUAAUCCGAAAACCGAGACCAAAGCCAAAACCCGAGGGCAAUCUUACGCCCAUACAGGAAAGUACAGGUUGA